AUGAGAAUACGAAAAACAUGGUGCACAUUAUGUCGUGAAAACUUUGAAGAUGGAGAUGAGUGUAUUCAAUGUAAACAGUGUAAGAAAAAGUUUCAUAGGGAAUGUUUACAAGCGGAGGGUCUAAUUGACAAUGAUCAAUUAAAAGAUAUAAAAAAUUAUGUGUGUUACCAAUGUAUGAAUGAAGAUGACGAUAUACCUGAGAAUGAAGAUAGGUGUAAAAUAUGUAGAGAGAAAUCAUCGAACCUUAUUUUAUUAUUAUGUGAUGGAUGUCCCAAUAGUUAUCAUGUUACAUGUUUAGGUUUACAAGCUGAACCAGAAACGGAAAAAUGGUUUUGCCCUGUAUGUAAACCAGAAGAACAUAAAAAUUUAGAUAUAAGAAGGAUGAGAAAAGGAUUUACAAUUGAUAAUAUGAAUGGUGAACAUGUAAAUUCAUCGACAUGUUAUGUAUGUCAAAGACCUGGGAAAUUAUUAGGCUGCGAUUUUUGCCCUAAUUCUUUUCACCCAACAUGUUUACCAGAUUUAGAUUUCGAUAAUAUAUCAGAUCAAUGGGAAUGCCCUUGUUGUAAGAAUGAAGACCCUUUAUUAAAUCAAGGGCAUAAGAGAUGGACAAAAAAUGAAAUACAAGAAAUUAUGAAAAAAAGACAAAGAGAAUUAAGUUUUUGGAGAUCCAAAAUUAUUAAAUACAGAAAUAGAUUCUUACUUGCACAUAGGAAAGAUUUACAACCAUUUGUAAACCCACGAAUUUUUGCUAAUUUAACAAAAACUUUUAAAAAUGAUUUUUACAAUUUAAAAAGUAAUACUACUAGUACUAACUAUAGUGGGUAUAAUAGUAAAAAAGGAAGUAGUAAGUAUUACGAUAUGGAAAAAGGUAAUUAUAGCCAUAAUACUGCUAGUAGUAGUAAUAAUAAUAAUAAUAGUAGUAGCACUUAUAAUAGCAGUAACAAUAAGAGAGAUUUGGAUCUAGACUCCAAAGAAUUUGAUGAAUAUAUAUCAUCCUUAGAAGAUGAGGCAAAUGAAAAUGCAUGUAAAUUUAUCGAGUCUGUUUUUUUAAGUGUCUAUUAUCCUAAUGGAAGAAAAAUUGAAAGACGUCCAUUGGUUGAUAAUGUUCAGUUAAAACCUCAUCAAGAGGAUGGAGUUGAAUGGUUGUUAAAAUCAUUUUUAACAGGUGGUGCUAUUUUAGCAGAUGAAAUGGGAUUAGGUAAGACUAUACAAACUUUAUGUUUUCUUUCAUAUUUAAAAUGUAAUAAGAUAGAUGGCCCUCAUUUGAUAGUUGUCCCUUUAUCUACUGUUGGUAAUUGGUUAAGAGAAAUACAUAGAUUUACUCCUCACUUGACAUGUAUUAAAAUAUGUGGUUCAAAAAAUGAAAGAACACAUGCAAAGGAGGACAGAUUAGCUGAAAAGGGUUUGUACGAUUUAUAUGUAACAACAUACGAAACGGUUAAAAAUGAAGAAGAGUUUUUCGUUGAAACUAUACCCAAAUGGCAAUGUAUAGUAUUAGAUGAAGCACAUAGAAUUAAAAAUCAAAGUGGUGCAAUUAGACAUUCUAUGGAUAGAGUAGUAGGUAAUAUGAGGUUAUUAUUGACCGGAACACCUCUGCAAAAUAAUUCAGCAGAAUUGUUUACUCUAAUUAAUUUUAUGUUUCCAGACAUAUUUAAAAAUUCUGAAAUAAUUGAACAAGCGUUCAUGAAUGCAUCUCAAAUUAAUGCUAACCAGAAAAGUAGUGCAAAUAACAAUAAUAGUAAUAAUAGUAGUAAAGAGGAAAAGAAUACACAGAAUGGUACCUCGUCCAGUGGAAGUAAAAUGAAUGUAAAUAUUGGCAAUAUCGAUUUGAAAUCUACUAUAAAAGAAGAAGAUUUGAAGUCAAUACGUUGUUUAUUAGAUAAGGUUAUGUUAAGGAGGUUAAAAGAGCAAGCUAUUAUAUUACCUAGAAAAUUUUUCCACGAUGUUUGGUUACCACUAGGUAGCUUGUCAGCUCAUUGGUAUAAAAGAUUAUUAGAUAUUAGAUCAAUGGUAGAGGAAAAAGUAAGUGUAAAAAAAUUACUAGGAUUAGUUAUAAAAAUGAGAAUUAUAUGUGGACAUCCGAAAGGAAUUGUAAGUAGACCAUCACAGAUGGAAAAAUUAUUUGCAUUUUUUGAAGAAGAAAGUGAAGAUGUUAAGGAACAAGUAAAAAAUGAUGCUUUAAAAUUAAAAUAUGUAUCAGGGGAAGAACAUAUUGAAUCAUCCUCUAAACUAAUAUUUAUAGACAAAUUAUUAUGUCAGUUACAUUAUGAAAAUUGUAAGUAUGUGAAAAAUUAUUCUGUAAGUUUUGAGAAACACAAAAAAGAAGUGGCUGCUUAUAAUUAUCAUAAAAUACAAGAACAAAAUAAUGCACAGAAAAAAAAAAGAGAACACUCAGGAAAAUUUAAAAAAAUUGAAGCUUUAGAAAAUAGUCCAUUAUUUAUGGAAAUAUAUAAUAAAGGUAAAUUUGAUCUUAAACCUACUUCCAAAAAUGAAGAUAUGUUAAAAAGUUUUAUGUAUACUGUAUCUAUUGAUAAUGAGUGUCCUUAUAAAAAAAAAAGAUGUAUCUAUGAUAAAGUUAGAGAUCACUUUAAAAAUAAUAACAGUGUCAAAUCGUAUGAAAGAAAAUCAAAAUAUUUGAAGGAAGCCAGUAGUUGUAGUAGCAACAAUAUAUCACAUUAUAACUAUCGAAGAAACGCGAACGUUAAGGAAAAAGGAAAGAAUAAUCGAGACCACAAUUAUAGGAAUAUACCUGAGGAUAAUAAUGAAGAAAAUAGUGAAUGUAACGAGAACGAUGGCAAUUGCAAAAAUAAGAACAGCCAAAAAGGUACAGUUAAGUCGAAUAGUAAUAAUAACACCCUUUUUGACAGCAAUGAUGACGAGGAAGGGGAAGAAGAAGAGACGGAGGGAGGAAAGGGGGGAAAUAAUACUAGCGAAAAUGAAAAGGAGGAAGAAGAGAUAGGUGAAGAAGAGAACCAGGAGUACGACGAGAAUAUUGCGGCAAACAAUGUCGGUAAUAAAGAAGGAGGAAAGAACAAAGACAGUGAGAGUGGAAGUGACAAAAUCAACAGUAAUAGCAGCAAUAUUAGCGGCAAUGUAAGCGGAAGUAGUAACGUAGUUACUCUCGGUACAAACUGCAAAAUUAUGAACAUCAAGGAAUUUUUUAAGAGUGAGAAAAAGGAGCCAUCAUCAAGCAGUGGGGAAAAAUCAAACGAACCAUCUACGAAGGUAUCUGAUAAGGAUGAUAAUAACAAGAGGGUGGAUAUUAGCGAUAUGAAGAAAGAGAGCGAAGGGGAAAACAAAGUCAUAAUGAAAAAGGGUGAUAAUGAAGAGGGAAUGUUGGGAGAGGGUAGUACAAAACAUGGAACUGAUGAUAAGGACGAAACUAACUGUGAUGAUAAAAUGAACAGUAGCAAUAAAAGGGAAAUAAAAAUGCAUAAAGUUCUAAUAUUUACACAAUUUCAACUAGUAUUAGACGAACUGGAAGAAUAUUGUAAGUACAGAUGUUGGAAGUAUAUGAGAUUAGAUGGUUCGACAAACAAACUGAUUAGAGAGUUAGAUAUACGUGAAUUUAAUCUAAGUGAUAGUAUAUAUUUUAUAUAUUUAAUAAGUACAAGAGCAGGUGGUUUAGGAAUAAAUUUAACAGCAGCAAAUCAUGUUAUAAUGUAUGACGAGGAUUGGAAUCCAUUUAUCGAUUUACAAGCAAUUGAUAGAGCACAUAGGAUAGGUCAGAAGAGAGAAGUGAAUGUAUGGAAAUUAAUGACAGAAUGGACAGUAGAAGAAAGAAUGGCAUUUAGAAGAGAACAAAAAUUGAAAUUAGAUAAGUUAGUUGUACAAACACAAGAUGAUGAAGAUAUGUUAGAUAAUUUUGAAGAGAAGUUAUCAUCAGAUGAAAUAAGAAAAUUAAUGUUACAUGGUAAGGCAGCUAUUCAAAAUAUGCAUGUUGAGAGUACACAUGAAUUGCCAUUAGAAUUUUUUAUUGAAAGAGGUAGAAGGAAAUUACCUAUAAUAAAUGGUAUAGAUUUGGAAAAAGAAGAAAAAUGUACUAUAGAACAAGAAAUAAACAACAUAAAAGAAGGUAGUGAUAUUUAUAUACAAAAAGGAGGAGGAGGAGAAGAUGAUGAAGAGGAAAAUGAUGAUGAUGCUAAUGAUAAUGACGAUUAUAAUGGGGUUGAUAUAGACGAAGUGAUGAUGGACGAAGCAGAAGAGAUAGAAAUGAGGAACAACAAUGCAAAUAAUAUGAAUGAUAAUAGCCCAGUAUAUGGAGAAGGAAAUGAUCAGUUGUACCUGAAUAAUAAUACUAUUGGUAGUGGUAGUAGUAAUGGAAAAGGAAAAAAUACAGCUUCUUUGAAAGAUGGCAUUGGUAGUAAUAACAACAAUGGUGGUAAUGGUAGUGGUGUUGGUACAGCGAGUGGAAACCAAGAUAACUCGAACAUUGCAGGUUCUGAUAUCCCAUUGUGGAGGUCCGUAAGGGAAAGGAAGAAACCACAAAAUAUGUACACACCGGAAUAUUGGGGAAGGAAACAAGAAGUUAAACAAAUAAAACAUGAAUAUAGAUGUUUCAUAUGUAAUAAUACGAAAAAUUAUAAAGCAGUAGUAAAGGAUAGAAAUAAUAAUGAUAUUGAGAUAGAUUAUGGGGACAUGAUAAAUUGUUUUCGUUGCCCUAAAACGUAUCAUAAAUUAUGUGAAGGUAUUAAAGAUGAGAAUGUGAAAAAGACUUGGACAUGUAGUUGGCAUGAAUGUUGUUUAUGUUUUAGAAAAUCUUCUCAAUGUGGUAAUUUAUUAAUUCAUUGUGCUACUUGCCCAACUAGUUUUUGUUAUAACUGCUUUCCGCCAGACUAUGUAAGGUAUUAUGUUGGAGAAGAAUAUUAUCAUAAUUUACGUCAAAGAGGUGUUAAUUUUACUCCUCAAAAUUGGGUAUGUUUUUUAUGUUCUAAAUGCAAAGCUGUAGAAGAACAAAAGAAAAGAAGAAAAAUGACAAAAGAAGAGAGAGAAAAUGAAAAACAACUACAAAAAGAAUUGAGAAGUCAGUUACAUGAUAGUAAACAAGAAGAGUUAGAAGCAAAGAAAAGGAAGAGAGCUCAACAAAUGGAAAGAGAUAAGUUCAUUAUCGAAAAUAGAAAACGAAUAGAUGCUUUAGAUCAAAAAUAUGAAAUGCAGCUUAGAAGUGCAUAUGAAAAUCUUUUCCCUAAAAAUUUUGUAAAAGAAUUAAUUAACCGAAUUGAACAUGCGAAAGUGCUCAAACAAAAGGGAAUUGAAGAAGAUAAUAGUAAAGAGACGAAUAAAAAAAAAUCAACAACAUUCUUGCAUACAAAACUUCCAAAUAAACUUUUGGUUUUAUGUGAAAAUUGUAAAUUACCAUGCCAUGCUAAUUAUAAAUAUCCAGGGAAAUGUUGUUACCCGUUAGAAUUAGAUAAGUCCUAUUUUUACGCUAAUUCUACCUUCAAUAAUUCUGCAAGUAAUAAUAAUAAUAAUAAAGAUGGAGUUUUAAGUAUGGACAAAAAAGGAGGAGCAAUAAGAGAACAUUCUUCUUCAAACUGUUUAAAAUAUAAAGCAGAAAAUAAUAAUGACAAGGAGGAUAUAUUAAAUAUCGGAACCAAAGAAGAGAACGAGGAAUAUUCUGAGAAAUGCGGUUUUUCAUCAAACAGCCUAAUUAACAAAGAAGGUACGAAAAACGAAGAGACCAUUUUAAGUAAUAGUAAUUGUAAUAACACAAAUUGUACCAUUCCCUUUGCAUGCAAAGAUAACAAAUAUUUCAAUAUAGACGAUGGUGAAGAAAGUGGUAGGUAUGAUAAGGAGGAGGGUAUGACAAGUGUUAGUAAUCAGAAUGAUAAUGGCCAUUAUGCAGGUAGAAGAGUAAUAAAAUCAGAGGAGGACAAACAGGGGAAACACUUCCAGGAUUACCAUCAUAUUAUAGGUUUUGAUAAAAGCACAGGUAAGGACAAGGGGCAUGAGGACGAAAAUGUUAACGAUAGGAAGCAGAGUAGUCAUACGAACAGUGAAGAGAAAUAUGUUAACUGUUCCAAUGAUAAUGUAAAAAUGAACGUCUCGUUGAAUAAUGGAAAUCUUGACGUGAAGACGGAAUUUAAUAUGAACAGGGGUGAUGGUAAUAGAGAGAAUAAUAACGAAAUUAAUAGCUCCAGUAACAAUUACGGUAAUAACUUUAGUAAUAACUACAUCAAUAACUACAGUAGUAACUACAUCAAUAACUACAAUAAUGAGAACAAUAACGACAAUAACAAUGAAAAUAGCUCCAAAGGGAAAACCAGAAGGUUCUUAAGAGCCGUAUGCUCCAAGUGCGGAACAGUUCAACUAGGAAAGUUAGCACAUUUUAGAAAGCAUUGUGAUAAACUAACAGAGGAGGAAAAGAAAGAAUAUGAAGAUAAGAGAGAAAAGCUGAAGCAUUUAAUAGAGCUACUAAAUAGCAAAAAAAUUGAAGACGAACAUACAGAAGAGGAAUAUAAGAACAUGUCAAUUUUUAAAUUUAAAAGUUUAUACAACUUUUUCCAAGAUAAAGCAGACGAUAUUUUGGAAGAAUGUAUUCGUGAAAUGAAUUGGGUCAUGUUAAUAUCUACAAAAAAAAAAGUACUAAAGAAAGAGAAGGAAAGAGAAAAUAGAAAGGGUUGUACCAGCAGUAAUAAUAAUAAUAUUAAUAUUAACAGUAUGAUUAAUAUUAAUGGUAGUAAUAGUUGUAGUGGUAAUCAUCAGCAUCAUAAUAAUAAUAGUGAUAAUUGUGGUACGAAAAAUGAGGAGGAUAAAAAUGAAGACCGUAUAAAUAUUAAUUCUAAAUCUAAGUUAACGUAUUUGUUAAAUAGUCAACCAUUAACCAUUAGCUCUGAUUGUUCAGAGACGAAGGAUAUUAUAGAAAUAAGAAGUGAUUUAACGGAAGAAAUGAGAGAAAUAAUAAAUGAUGAAAUUUCGUCAAUUACAGGAAAAAGAAAAAAGUGUAUUAAAAGUACAAUAAAAAAAAUAAAAAAAAAAAAAUCGAAUGAAACUAAUGAUUAUAGUGAUGAAGAUUCUAACCCAAAUAGUAAUCUAAAAGAGAGCAGUAAUAAUAAUAAUUAUAAUAACAGUAGUAAUAGCAGUAGCAAUAAUAAUAUUAGCAGCAAUAGUGGUAACAAUAACAGUAAUAAUAAUAUGAAAAAAAUAAAUUUGCGCGUUAACCCAUAUCAUGAAAAAUUAAUAAAAGAUACACAUAAUGAAAAUUUCAUCAAAGAGUCAUUUAAUGUUCACUUUUUACAUAAAGCCAAAGAAUUUGUGAGAGUUACAAAAAAAAAAUCAAUAAACAAUUCCUUUGGUGAAGGUUCAGAUUUAGACUUAUUAACUUGUGUUGAUAAAAAUAGAAUAAUAAACCAAAACGAUAUAGAAAAAUCUAUCAUUCAAAAUUAUCUGAACAAUAUGAAAAAUUCGUUGAAAAAUAGUUCCUAUGUAGAGAAAAAUGUACCAGAUGAUAACAUGGCAGGAGGUAAUUUUUCAAAAUCUCGCAUGAACAGUCAGGAAAAU